AAGCGGCGCACUACCACUACUACCGCCAAGUUCCCUCUACGGUGGGUGAACAGGUGGGCGCUGCACGUUUUAUGCACUUGUUACUUGGAACGUAAAAAUCGAUCAUCGGGCCAGCCAGCUACAUCCAGGCGGAGGGAGCUAUGCAGUUCCAGAGCGAAUACGUCUGCAUUUCUCCCCCAAAGCCACGACCGGUAGAGCUGGCCUUCAUCCCAAGACUGGACGACAGAUUCACUCAUUUGCUCGGUCUGGAAUGGAUAGUUGAACGGCGCCUGGCAGAAAUGCAAGGGAAGUUUUUUAAGCGAGGUGAUUUGAAGCUGAGCCGGCCUAACCGCCGUUCCCGCUGUGACCAGUGUAAUACGGACUUCACCGUUCGCUGGUGGGUGGUGACAGGCGAGUCUGACGCUGUGCGGCGCUGUGAUCAAUGCCACACCAAGACCGCAGGCCAUAAUAAGGGAGCCAUGUGCCUAAAGCACCACCAGACUGGCUUUAGCUGGGGCAGACAGUCACCAUCACAGGACCUGAAGAAGACUAAAAUCACCAAGCACAUGUCGCCGCGCACACCACACCUGUCUCCCAAGCCUCAAAAUGGCGUCGGUUUGGCCAAGCCGUCCAACACAUCUCCCAGUGAUAAAAUACCGGUAGGAAUAAACCAGCCGUCGUCCACAUCCAUCAGUGAUAAUACAGUCAAAAACCAGCCACACACACUUGCUGGAUUGGCCAAGCAGCACAACACCUCACCUCACAUCAGUGAUAAUAUAGGCAAAAAACAGCCAUCGUCCACAUCCACCAGUGAUAAUGUAGGCAAAAACCAGCCACACACACUUGCUGGAUUGGCCAAGCAGCACAACACCUCACCUCACAUCAUAGGAUCUAAGGCAAAAUCCGGGGGCAGCAAGCAGCGAAAGCUCCACGAAUUUUUUACCAGUAGUUCCUCUAGAUCUGCAGAGCCUCCAUCCCCGUUUGGCCCUCAAGAGAUGCCCAAGAAAGCAUAAUUAUGUCAAAGAAAUAAUGUAAAUCUAAAUGGCAAAAAUGUAAGUGUCACAAAAAACACUUUGCACAAUGUCCACGCCGUUUUGUAAAGCAGGACAGUAGUUAGUGUUGUGGUCUUAAAGCCUUAAGUCUAUCAGUAUUUGUGCUCUCCACAUCUGUCCCCCCCCCCUAAAGCUUAAAGUUUUAUUUUCUUUUAUCAAUUUGGAAUUGCUUUCUAUUAUCUAUUUGGAAUUGCUUUCUUUUAUCUUUCUGGAAUUCAUGGGCAUUCAUUCUUUUGCAUUCUCCAUCUAUUUGGAAUUCCUUUACUGCCCUCUGUUUUAUCUCUGUCAUUGUUUUCAGUUUUGUUGUUAGGUGUGUGCACUGUAUUCUGUGUGCAGUAUACAUUUGGCAGUCAUUCAAAUUUGGCCAUUGAGGUUUUUUUGGCCCAUAUCCUGAGAAUAAUGUUACAAAAAUAGUUUGUGACCUGUUUUGUCUUCUGUUACAACGUUGCGAUUAUGAAGUGGACUUGUACCACAUUGACUAACGCUGGCAGAUACAUUAAAAUCUUCAUUGUGCUUUUCAA